AUCUUUUUUCAAGAAUGCAGAAAGAAAACGAAAGUAGAUAUUUUAUGUUCAAAGGCCAUGGUAUGAAUAUGACGCUGCAUUUUUAAGUGGUAGACUAUGUAAGAUAUGUCUGGAAGUGCGUGGAAGCAGACUUUGUCUCCGCGUUGUGUGUAUGUUUACGGCGAUGGAUUGGAGACAUUAGAAACCGAUCCCACUGGCGUGGAGGGAUCCUGUGCUGUUGUAACUGUUCCUGACCCAGCAGAUCAAAGGGGCGGGCGCAGACUUCUAUUGCUUUUUAAAGACGAGAGAUAUGUUCAGAGCUGCUUAGAAGCAAAGUGCAUUAACUACAAAGGGAAAGAGUGGAGAGUUGAACAUUGCAAUAAUGCCUGUGAUAUUCCAGACGAAUGGGAACAAUUUGCGGGAGCAUCAUCCCACACUCGUAUGCAGUAUCCGUCCAACGAACCAGGACCCCAGCAGAAUGAAACGUAUGCCAAUAUGCCCGGUAGACAAGAUGUAUACCCUUUAUCAAUGCCUGAUCCACGAAUGUAUCGGGCUGAGAGUGGACAGCAGAUGCCUUUCCCACCAGGACAGCAAAUCCCAAUGAAUCCAGCCCAGUAUCCAUAUAUGUAUCCAUAUCCGUACCCUGGAUUUGGGAUGCCUCAGGAAGGAGCGACAGCACAAGAAAACCCACCAGAGGGUGGAAAUUUUCCAAUUCCUCCACAAUUAUGGAUGCAACAAAUGCAAAUGUUUCAGAUGUUUGAAAAAAUGAAAGCAGGCGGGGGUGCAGGUGCCCCUCCUCCUUACUCUGUUACUGAGGAAGAACCUGAAUCGGGAGGAGGAAGUUUACCUGUCAGCAGAUCACAGGGAAGUGGGUCAGGGAUAGAAACUCAUGUAAAGUCCCAUUCUACAGAGCAGCUAUACAGGGAUAGAGAAGCAUCCGCUGAAUAUGAUCCAGACCAAGAAGAUGAUGGAAACCCAGAGAAGGAAGAUACCAGAACAGGCAAGGAUCAUUUGAAAUAA